CUGCAGCUUCUGGUUUUCACUAUAACCAGAGGACAUAGUGAAGGUUGACUGUCAGGUUCAGGCUGGUGUGUGAUGGAGUACACUUGCAGCUUUUUGAGUUUGUCUAAGGACACACAAGCUCCCUCUCUUCACCACUUCUCCUCACUGCUCUUUCACUUUUUUUCUAUUAUUCACCUGACUUGUGAAAAUGAUGUCUUGAUAAAACUCAUGUUAUAUGCAGUGUUGCUUAUAAGCUCCCCAGAAAUAUGUGCGUUUUUUUUUUUUUUAAUGUAAUGAACAUUUCCAGCCUAUUAAAAAACUCUGACAGACUUCUGCUUAGAAGUCAUCCAGCGUCUUGUCUGCCUUCUGUCAUCCCCCCCGUAGCACCCAUAGCCAAUCUGAGCCUGUGACUAAAGCGCCAUCUCCCAGGCUGCACAUUCCAGGCUGCGUUCAUUCACUGGGUCCGCAGGCACUAUAGAGCCACCUCUGGAUUUAAGCGCAUUUUACUAGUCUCCGCGCACUGCUCGGACGUCGCUCUGCAGGAAUCAGCGAUUACACGGAGAUCCAACAACCGUGCAUCAAAUACACAGUCGCAUAUAUUCUCUUGGAUUAGCCAGCUGUAGACACUUUGUAGCCCCAAAGCGACUGGCCGGCUUGCUUUUCGCCAAAAAUUGGAUGCAACGAGAGGAACAUACAGGAGAGGGAGGGGAUAGAUAGAUAGAUUGAUAGAGAGAGAAGCGAAAAGCCUCGCGUCGAUUGGCCGCCGAGCAAAUAUCUGACCUCGACCUCCUCGGACGGUGGGAAACUGGUUGUUGAAAUGGAGAUGUCGAGAUUUUCUAUCCUCCUGUCUCCUCCUCCAACACACAUGCUGUCGAGGCUGAUGAUGAUGAUGAUGAUGUUUGCGUAGGAGUGUUUUAUUUUGCGGGCAGCGUCGGUUAACCAGUCUCUACUGUUCAAACAACUCAAACAGACAAGCGGUGGAUGGAACUGUGUGGCUGCUCCAAACAGCCCUUUCAGAGAUAUUAUCCUUGCAGCACGGCAGAUCAUCAUCUUUGUCGCCUUUGGAGUGUUUUUCAGUUGCAAGUCUGGAAUUGGACAGAUAAUAUUUUGCAUGCUGAUGACAAGAAUGUGUCGCGAAAAGUAGUCUAGAAGCACAUUACAGUAGAACAUUGUCUUGGGCAUUUUUGCAAAGGAGGCAUUUGCGAUUUUGUAUUUUUUUUAAUUAACUAAAGAGGAUCGAGCCAAUUGGGGUUUAUUUUUUUUGGCUCGAGUCGAACUCCAUCUCUACUUCGACAGCUACAUUUGGGACUUUUUUUUCAUUAUUCAGUGACUGAGGUCGACACACACUAAAAGCCAGCAAAGGUCGGGACCUGAGCUCCAAGGAGCCACCACUACCCCUACAUGUGACCUGCUGAAUUCCUCUUAUCUCUGAAGGGUGUUGAUGGAGAGCCAUUCGAAUGACAGCCGGGACAGUGGUCAUCACUGGUGGAAUCCUAGCUACAGUUAUAUUACUCCUUAUCAUCGCAGUACUGUGCUACUGUAGGCUGCAGUAUUAUUGCUGUAAGAAGGAAGAGUCCGAGUCGGAGGAGGAGGAGCCAGACUUUGCCGUUACAUCCCGCCUCCCACCGGUCCAUUCCAAUCACAACAUUGUGGCGGCGACGGCCGCCGCCUCCGCCAUCCCAAAUGGCCCAGCCCUUUUCUCCACCCCUCCAUUGGCCAGGAAACUGACGCGUUCACAGACCUUCUGUCCAUCCUGUACACACUAUGAGCUGCCUUUCUACCUCCAGCCCCCUCAGCCGCAGAUCCACCACCAGCCAGAUGGGUUGAGGAACGGGGGUGACCGGAUUAGCUACCGCAGCAUCCAGCAGCAGGAUCUGGACCUGCCAGUGCCUGUGAACAUUUCAAACUACCGCAAACCAAACCUCGCCCGGUCGGUCACCAUGAGGGACAUGUUCACACGCAGCUGUAGCAUCAGCACUGAUGUUUAGCUGGGCGAGUUUGGAACUCAGUCUAGUUUAUGCUUUAAUGGAUUGGGAUGGCCUAGUCUGGACUGGGCUUGAGUCAGACUGUGUUUUGUCAUCAUCUUGACCAGUUUAAUCCCCUCUAGUAUGGUCUGAUCUAGUCUGGCAGAAUUCUUGCAGAAUGGAGGACUCAGAUGGCUCUCAGGACAGGAUUUUAAAAGGUACUCUGCUCAGGUCCAGGACCUUACUGUAC